CCUUUUACAACUCCAUCUCUCUCUCUACAUCCCAUUUUUUCCGAUCAAAUCUCUCCUAAAUUCUUUCUUCCCCAAUAUUAUUUGCGUUCUAAUCGCACCGGGGAAAAAAAAAAAAUUCCUUCAUGGCCAUGGCAAUUGCAGCAGGCUAUGGCCAAAUCCCCUUCGACGAGGAGAUGCAGAAGAGCUUCCGCCCUCCCUCUCCCACCGGCGCCGGCGACGGCGACGACCACCAGCUUCUCAAACCCUACAAAAAAUCAAAACGCCUCGCUUCUCUCGACGCCUUCCGCGGCCUCUGCGUCCUCCUGAUGAUUGUGGUCGAUUAUGGAGGUUCUGUUUUCCCAAUAAUUGGUCAUUCGUCGUGGAACGGGCUUCACUUGGCGGAUUUCGUGAUGCCCUUCUUUCUUUUCGUCGUUGGUAUCUCAAUUGCCCUCGUCUACAAGAAAGAGCCAAAUAGAUCAGAAGCCACAUGGAAAGCAGUGGGCAGAGCAGCCAAAUUAUUUCUGUUGGGUAUUCUUCUACAAGGAGGUUUCCUUCACGGGCUGAACUCGCUCACCUACGGUGUUGAUUUGGAAAGAAUACGCCUGCUUGGAAUCUUGCAGAGAAUAUCAGUUGGGUACCUUGUUGGAGCUCUUUGUGAGAUCUGGCUCUCACGCAGAACAAGGAGAGAAGUUGGAAUCCUGAAAAGCUACUACUUGCAUUGGGUUGCAGCAUUUGCUAUUAUUGCAGUGUAUCUCGGGUUAUUAUAUGGCCUAUAUGUUCCAGACUGGCAAUUUUUUGUACCUGGACAAGGUUACUCCGACCUUCCACUCGAUGCCCGUGCCUACACGGUGAAAUGUUCUGUAAGAGGCGACGUUGGUCCUGCUUGCAACUCUGCUGGAAUGAUUGAUCGCUAUGUUCUUGGUAUCAAUCACUUAUAUGCAAAGCCUGUUUAUAAAAAUCUCAAGGAGUGUAAUAUCUCCAGAGAUAAAGUAGUUCCUGAGAGUGCUCCUUCAUGGUGCCAUGCUCCCUUUGAUCCUGAAGGCCUUCUUAGCUCAUUAACAGCUGCAGUGACAUGCUUAAUUGGGCUUCAGUACGGCCAUGUUCUUGCUCAUUUGCAGGAUCACAAGGGUCGUCUGGAGAACUGGUGUGUCUUCUCAGUCGCUUUCCUUGUCGUCGGAUUGUUCCUCGCCCUUCUAGGGUUCCCUAUCAACAAACCCCUCUAUUCAAUCAGUUACAUGUUGAUCACUUCUGCUACAGCAGGCAUCACAUUUUCCGCACUGUACUUGUUGGUUGAUAUAUACGGCUAUAGAUGGUUGACAUUGCCACUGGAGUGGAUGGGGAAACAUGCUUUGAGUAUCUUCAUAGUUGUAUCUUCCAACUUAGCCGUCAUUGUGAUUCAGGGUUUCUACUGGAAAUCUCCUCAGAAUAACCUGAUGAACUGCAUAGUCUCACUCUUUGUGCAUAGAUGAAGGCGACUUUGGAUUUUUGUUGGGUGGUUUGCUUGUGGUUCCUCUGAGGAGGGAGUUGUACCACAUGUAUAAUGGUGUGGUGUGUGUUUUGCCUCCCGCCAUGUCCAUCAGCAGCUUCAAGGAAGGGAAGAUUGUGGUUCCACUUGAUUCUUUCCCAUAUGAGUCGGCUUGGCUCUCUAGCCAUUACAGUUCUGUGGAGAGAUUGAUGGGAAAGGGAAGGACGAUGACACGAUCAGUUUUGUCUGAUAUGUACAGUGAGCAAGCAGGCAUUCAUGAGAGCUGUAGGCUAGAAUUAAUUAAUUUGCAGACAAUCGAAAAUCAGUAGAAACAUUUGCUCACAUAAUAUAUAAAUGAUGUUAUAUAUGAGAUACUUGAAGUAUCCUGCCUAAGCUAGUCACUUAAUAACUAGUAGUUUUUUUAAUUUUUUUUAUGGGUUCUUGUACAAAGGAUAGUAGGGAAGAAGAGAAGGGAAAAAAUCCCAAGUUACACAUGUUUUUAAAAAAAAUUCUCAAAAUACACAUGUUAUGAAAAUAAUUCCCAAUCUACGCAUGUUUGGGUAUUCACAGCGUCAGAGAAGGGUGGUGAUUGCAUCGGUGAUUGCAUCACCGCGGCAGAGGAAGGCGGUGAUUGCAUCACCGCUGUCGACGAAGACGGUGAUUGCAUCACCGCUGUCGACGAAAAUGGUGAAUGCUUCACUGCAGUAAACGGCCGCGGUGAAGGCCUGACCUGCGUUGAAACUUUAAACAAACGUAACUUUGUGCUCGGUUAUCCGAUCGUAGCGAAAUUUUUUUUGAAUUCCGCAUAAUUUUUCGAGAUCUUGCAAGCCGCAAACCGCCGGAGGCGGUUUGGUCCCGCCUUCGUCUCGAAAAAAUGUCGUUUGCUACUCCGAACGAGCCUUUUUUCGAUUUCGUCAAACUUUAACCGAGCACAAAGUUACGUUUUUUUAAAGUUUUGACGCAGGUUAGUGCUUCACCGCCUUUCUCUACUGCGGUGAUUGCAUCACCGCCUUCCUCUACAGCGGUGAUACAAUCAUCGCCUUGGACUGACGCGAUGAAGCAAUCACCGUUUUGCUCUCACGCGGUGAAGCAAUCACCGCCCUUCUCUGAUGCGGUGAAGGCCUAAACAUGCGUAGAUUGGGAAUUAUUUUCAUAACAUGUGUAUUUUGAGAAUUUUUUUUAAAAACAUGUGUAACUUGAGAUUUUUUCCGAAGAGAAGAGGGUUGUGUAUUACAUGGGUCGAAAAUAGAAUUUUUGGGUUCAAAGUUCAGACUUCGCAAACACAUGACUAAAUGUGUUGGGUAUAUUAACUUGUAAUUUAGAGAAAAAGGGCUUUUUUUGUUUGUAUGAUAUUAAAUCUUUGAAACUUUG